GACCCGGAAAGCUGCUCCUGCUGGCCAUACCCUUCACCCCCCUCUCUCUGUUCCAGCUGCGGCGCCGACGGAGGAGGUACCCACCGCCCAGCCCAGCCUGGGGGAGCUCUCGGCCUCCGACAUCACCCACGACUCCAUCCUGCUCUCCUGGACCGUGGAGCAGGGGACCUUUGACUCCUUCCUCCUCCAGUACAAGGACGCGAAGGGCAAACCCCAGGCGCUGCCCGUGGACGGGGGAUCCCGCACAGUCACUGUAACCAACCUGGCCCCUUCCCGCAGAUACAAGUUCAACCUCUACGGCGUCUCCGGCCGCAAGCGCCUCGGCCCCGUCUCCACUGACGCCACCACAG